UCUGUUCCCGAACGUGUUGAAUUGCUGCUGCUGUCAUCAUCACAAACUCAUGGAAAGGAGAAAGGUUCUUGUAUUAUGGCAUGAAGGCUGCACUCCAGCUAGUCUCCAACCUGUACUAACUAGUAUACGGGAGGAAUGGGCGGAGAGGGACGGAGGAGCUGAUAUAAUGCUGGAACAUGUUGAUAGACUAAAAUCAGCUGAGUAUUCCGUAUCAACGUUUGAUUAUGCAUUAUUGGGUUCAAUCCCUCCAACAGUGUAUGUUCAUGGCAGUGACCUUUUAGAGGAAGUCUCACGUGUUUUAAAAACAUCAGCCGGUAUCAGUAUAAAAGAACCGAUCGUUAAAGACGGAUGUUCCUCUUCUUCUUUCCGUACUUUCAGUCAGUUGUCAUUGUCUCUGAGAUUGGCUGGUUUUAUCGAACCGCUCAAGGUUUCCAGCACACCUCCAUCAGAUGAAGCAGGCCUGAUAGACGAGCUAAGCAAGACUGGAAUUAACGUCGACAAUGUUUUGAUUGCUACGGUUCAAGCUAAGAAACCUUCCUAUCAGUUAGGAGCCAGUGCUCCCAUUAAUCUCGGAGGAACUUCUAACUAUACCGCACCUUUACGGCCCGGCCCUUCUCGUAACAAUGAGUCAGCAAAAAUAUGGACACUGGCAGCAAAUGACAUGCUGGAUGAUGAUGUGGAUUUGAUGGAUUCUGAUACUUUAUUGAAUGAAGAGGAUUUUUUAAGACCGGAUCCUUCAAGCCUGAAAAGUUCAUGUGGUCCAUCUAGUGGUAAAAGAAAGGCUUGUAAGAACUGCUCUUGUGGUUUAGCCGAUGAGUUACUUGAUCCUUCAAAGCCAGCUGUAAAGAAAACCGUGACCUCAUCUUGUGGCAGUUGUUACCUAGGUGAUGCAUUCAGGUGUGCUAGCUGUCCUUAUCUUGGUAUGCCCGCCUUUAAACCAGGACAAGAGAUUAAAUUAUCAGAUCGCCAACUCAACGUUGAUCAGUGAUUAAUAAUAUAUAAACGUUCAUUUGUCAUCGAUUUAUUUUCCUGCAGCUCUGUACCAACUGCUGUCCUGCUAUAAAUUAUUGACUAGUUGUAAUACGAAAUGUAUCUGUGCCUGUGAUUUUUAAAACUAUAUAUUCAUAAUUCUGUUAAUUUGUAAAA